AUGGCUAUAAAUGAUACAGCAAUGAGAAACUUAGAGAGACAAAAGGGAGAACUCGCCAAUGAUUUGAAGGAAUACCACAAGGCUCUUUUCCUGGACAUACUGAAGUUCCAAAAAGAGAUGGAAAAGAGCAAGCACAUUCCUUUAGUUGAUGCCUUAGAGCAAAUGUCAAAUUAUGCUACGUUCCUAAAGGAUAUUGUGUCUAAGAAAAAGAAGUUAGGUGAACAUGAGAUGGUAGCAAUGGCUAAGUGUAUUAGUGAAGCUGUAGGUAGCCCUUUGCCCAUAAAAUGUAAAGAUCCCGGCAGUUUCACCAUCCCUUGUUCAAUUGGAGGAAAGAAUUUAGGUAGAGCUCUAUGUGACUUAGGAGCUAGUAUUAACCUCGUGCCCUUAUCUGUUUUCAAGGAGUUAUGCAUCGGAGAAGCUAGACCCACAACAGUUACCCUCCAAUUGGCGGAUAGAUCAAUUAAGAAGCCUGAAGGAAAAAUAGAAGUUGUUCCAGUUCAGGUAGAUAAAUUUAUCUUCCCUGCAGGCUUCAUCAUCUUAGAUUGUGAGGCUGAUUUGGAUGUACCCAUCAUCUUAGGUAGACCUUUCCUAGCUACAGGAGAUACAGUAUUUAAUGUUCGAAAAAGAGAAAUAACAAUGAAGGUUAAUAAUGAGGAGGUUAAGUUUAAUGUUUUGGAUGCAAUGAAACUUUCAGGAGAUUUAUAA